AAACGCGUGCGGCAAAAAGAGAGCGAAAGAGCGAAAGCAAGCAGGAAGGAAAACAAUACGCCGGCUACGGUGGUGUGCGUGUGCCCGUACCGUUCGCGCAGUUGUGCAGCAGGCACCGUGCGAUCGUAGGGGUCAAAGCAGGCCCAGCGCACGCAGCCUACAGCAAAGCCUCGGUACCCGGCAAGCUCGCAAGAGGUGCGUUCUAGCGAAGUGCGUCGCUCUAUACACGGUUUGUUCGCGCGCGUCCUUUUCAACGGUGAACGAGUGAGUGGAGUAUUUUUUGUUGUUGUAGUUUCAGUCAACUUCGCGCGAAAUAGGUGGGGGUGAGGGUUUUUCGAUCUAGCCACGAUCGAGCUUUACGGCCCCCAAGAUAAGCCUAAUUAAGCGGGGCCCCCACGAUCGAUAAGUGAAUAAUUCGGCACCCGCGCUGUUUUCCGCCCGCCGCUGCUGCUGCUGCCGUUUGUGAUUAUAUUAUUCGCUUCACCUUCGGCACUGGAGCUGCGUAAAACAAAAGGGAAGAAACAGUGAUUGCUGGGUGCCUGGCAGGGUGUAAGGAAUUACAACAAAUUCUUCCCAGCAAAAACCCCCCCGCGGGGAGCAAUCUAGGGAGGCUGUUCUUCUAGUUGCGUGGAUGCUGCUCGCGUGUGUGUGUGUGUGUCUAUUUUUUCGCGUUUUUUUCACUCCCCAAAACGGCCCUCGGAGUGUGGUUCAGUGAAGCGAAGUUUCGGUAGAGUGUAAAUUAUUGUUGAUGGUAUAAUUAAAGCAAAUAAGUGCUUGAUUAUUAUCCCUUGCCCAAUAGUUCGUUCUUUGUUAUGAGCGCUAGUUGAAGCUACUGGAAAGGCUGCGAAACGAAGACGAACCGUGUAUGUGUGCGUGCGUUUGUGUGUGUAAUUGUGCCAAGUGAUCGAUUGGUAGUGUGCAGUGUGAGAAGUGGGAAAAAGUACAACCUCUAUGCUUCCUCUAUACCAUCUCGCGUUGUGCUGAAAGAAUCAGCUUACUAGUGAUCGCUUUUAGCCCUUUUGUGAGAAACACGCUGGGCAAGAAGGAGGAGACUAAGUCCUCAUCCGAUACCAAUAUCAAUACCAUGCUGCCUCUUCUGCACUGUGCCGUUGAAUGUGUGUGAAAAAAGUAUCCAAUUGCAAAAAUAAAGUGUGUAAAACAAAGGAAGAUAUAAAUCGGCAAACCCUGCCCUGGCCGGAAUUUGCAAAUAAAGCUCCUGCCCCAAUCAUAAUGGCACUUUGCGUUCCAAAGGCUCGCGAACCGUGUUUCGGUCCAUUAGCUAAUUAUAAACAACCGUCAGGGUGGCUGGCGGUGGCCGCAUCACCCGCCAGAUUGCUGCUGCUGUCGACGAUGCUGCUGAUGUUGCCAGCAGCCCACGGGAUGGGGCUGGCAGCGACAGUGCCGUCGAAGAUCGAACCAGUCCAUCAUCGCUGGACGCGCUCGGAAGCGAUGGACCCGAACGGGCUGUACACGCUCGACUGGCACAUCGACCAGAAGGACAUCGUGUUCACGGCGACCGCCAACACGCGCGGCUUUAUGGGGCUCGGCUUUUCCCACCGGUCGGAGCAUAUGGCCGGGUCGGAUCUGGUGCUGGUGUGGGUCGACGAUCGCACUGGGAAACCGAACGUGCUGGAUUGCCAUGGUUCGAAAGACAAUCAUCACAUGCCGGUACAGGACGACACGCAAAACUAUCACAUCGAGAGUGGAUUCCAGAACCUAACGCACACUAGCGUUACCUUCCGGCGGGCACUUGAAACGUGUGAUCCUCACGAUGUAAUCAUUGGUUCCGAUACGAUGAAGAUCCUGUGGUCGUACGGUGACCGGGACCCGGUAGCCGGCAGUCUAAAGGGGCACAGCGGUAACCGUGGCGCCCGGUCGAUCCACUUUCUCGGUCCAAUGUUUCGCCGACCGGCGGAUGCAUUGCAACGGGACGACCUGCGGCAAUGGGACGUGACGGUGAAGAACGUGUCCAUCGAUACGAGCAUGGAUACGCUGUACUGGUGCAAGAUACUGAAGGCACCGACACUGCGCGAGAAGCAUCACAUCAUCGGUUACGAGGCACUGCUGACGAAGGAAAGCUCCACGAAACAGCCACUGGUUCACCACAUGACACUGUUCGAGUGUUCCACCAACUCGUACCCCGGUUCCGACCCGAACUCCUGGGACGUGUGGGUAAAGAGCAGCGGGGCGGUCUGCAACAGCAAUCUCCUGACGCCCCGCGACUGGGACUCGUGCAUCACACCGGUCGCUACCUGGGGCGUCGGUGCAUCGGGCCAGUUCCUGCCCGAGCACAUCGGCAUCCCGAUCGGGGGCGAUAAGGGCGCGCCGAAAUAUUACAUGCUCGAGGUGCACUACGACAAUCCGCGCGCCAAGCGCGUGCUGGACCAUUCCGGCUUUCGCAUCCACUAUACGCGCCACGUGCGCAAGCAUGACGCCGGCAUGAUGAUAUCCGGCGUGUCCGUGUCCGACACGCAGAUGAUUCCGCCCGGCCAGAAGCUGUACCGCAACGUCGGCAUCUGCGGUCCGUCCUGCACCGGGGCGGUCUUUCCGGCCGAGGGCAUUAACAUCGUGUCGGCCGCACUGCACUCGCACGUGGCGGGCAGAAAGAUGAAGCUGCGGCACGUGCGGGACGGCAAGGAGCUGCCACGGAUCGUAGAGGACGACAACUACAACCAUAACUUCCAGCAGGUCCGCCAGCUGGAAAACGAAACGAGCGUCCUGCCGGGAGACUAUCUCAUUACCGAUUGUGCCUACGAGACUGUCGGUCGACGACGGCCCACGCUCGGUGGCUACUCGACCAAGCAGGAGAUGUGCCUGUCGUUCAUCACCUACUAUCCGAAAAUCGAACUAGCCGGCUGCUACAGCAUGACCCCGGUGAAAGAGUUCUUCGAAACGUUCGGCGUGUUUCAGUUCUACGCAAUGAACAUGACCGACGUGGAGAAUCUGUUCCUGUACAAUGGCAACAUACUGGACCUGCUGCCGACGACCGUGUUUCCCAACUUCGCACCCGGCGGUGACGUCGACGACGAGCAGAACCAGCUCGCAAUCAAGGCGCUGCAGAAUGCGAAAGACUACAGCGUCAUCGACGAGGAGGACGUGCUGUACAAGGAAUCGAUACUGAACAAGCUGAUCAUAUCCGAUCCGGUCGAGUUUCACGACCGCACCUUCCUGUCGCACCUGAACCAGCUGCCCUGGUCGGAGCCACUGUUUACGAGGCGCGUCGAGCAGAGCAUCCUGACCGGAAAGCACAUGACGUUCUGUCGCGUUUCGAGCGAUUCUAUUUCUGUGGCGUCGGAAAUAUUUAAGUAUCCCGUCUUUGACACGUUCGUGAAGGCACCGAGCCAAUGCCCGUACCAUCUGUUCAUGGAGUUUGCGGACCACACCUCCGCCGCGACCAAACAGAUGUCCAGCACGAAGCUGCUCGUGCUCUUCCUAUUAAUACUGUAUCGACGGUUUUGUACGGGCGACUACCACUAGCACUACCAUCCACCAUCCAUCACCAACGACUUGGGGGUGAAAGUUGCGUUUCGUGGAAAAUCUGACUCCCUGCGACUUCUGACGGGAAAUCGCUCUCAACGAAGAGCAGAGGGGGUUGCUUGUUGAAUGCGGUCCCGCGACCGGCACACUGUUACUUAUACUUACUUUUAUUUAUUGCACUACCUUUCAAAGCGCUUAUUGGGGUGAUUAGAUUCUUUCCCCUACCGCUCUCUCUCUCUCUUUCUCUCUUUCUCUAUCUCUGGACAACAGGAGCGGAGGGAAAGUAUAAAUCACGGCGCCCAAAAUUGCGCUCCCCCUGUCCUCGGGUCGGUCACCAAGUUCUACCCGCAUUUUCCCACAUUCUGCCGCAAGAAUGUAGUUUUAGCAAGCUCGACUACCAUAAUUUUCUCUAAUUUAUUUACUUAGCUCUAUUGUGUGAUGGGCGUUAUUAUGCUAUCGUUAGUAUUAUUCCGCUGCUUUCUAACCCAGACUCAUUGGUCUGCUGCUAUCGAGAACGUUUCGGCUGUAAGGGGAAAAUCUCAAGCGCGAAACUAAUCUCGAGCGAUGAAAGUCAUUUCGCUAUAGGCUUCUGGCGACGGGGGCCAACCAUUGAUUGAAUGUUGGGCGAUUAAACUGAACGAACCUGUUUCUCUGAACAGCAAACAAUAAGGUUGAUUUACGCAUUCUUUGGACCCGCAAAAAAAGCAGCUUCAGUGUAAGUCGUUGGCCAGACAUCCAGGGGCCAGUUCUUUCCUAAUGCAAAAAAAGAGUCUUCAUGUAUAGUCCCGGGCAGAGAUAAUAGAAAGACGUUUGUACAUUUUAAAACACCUGCCCAUUCAGCAAAAGAAAGUAAACAGGCUCCCUUAAGAUUAGAACUUUUUGGUUAAGAUUGGCUCAAGUUAGACGAAUUGAGCAGUGCGGGCCAGGACGGGAUUAGAAAUGCCAAAGUUUAAAAUCGUCAUCACAAUCGCUCUCACGCAAAACAGGGCAAAAGCUCGAUACGUUAGCAAAGGAUAUUAAGCUAGACAGUAGUGUGUCUUUCGAUAUGUUUCUCGACAGAUACUCACCGAGUGAGAAGCUGCCGAUCGUUAGGUGUAUCGUUAGGUAUUCAUUAAAGCGCGCACGCACACACCUGCUACGAAGGUACGAUAGGUGGGAAGGCGGCGCAUAGGUAAACGACAAGCGGCCACGAAUAGGCAGGACUUUAAUGUUAUUACUUAAUGGAUCAGUAGUGCGAUACUGAAGCUAGUACCAACCACAAUGCGUACAAGCUAUUGUAAGAUAAACGAUGUAGUAAUGUUUACAGUUUUAAGACCCGAACUCAAAUGUAGUGUAGCUGUGGUAAAAAAAUAAGAAACUCGAUGUAAAAUAAAGCUAAAAAUCAAUAAAUCAAAUACUUGUUUGCGUAUGUCACUUGUAAUGUAA